AUGGAGCAUGAGACUACUACUACUACUGCUACUACGACUACGGAUGAACCUCAAAUGAUGGAGAAAGAACAACAACAACAGGAUCAUAGUGAACAUGUUAAUGAUGAGGUCAUUGCAAAUGAUCAUAAGAUGAAUGAUGUUGAACAGAGCAGUGAACAACAACAAGAACAGAUGAUGGUUGCAACAAACAAUGUCAAUGAUAAUGAUGAUGCUAAUAUAGAGUCAAAGACGACAACAGACAACAAUGAUCAACUACAACAGCAACAACAAACUACAGACACAACGACAGCAGAUCAUAAUGUUGAAGAUACAUCAGAUAACUACAACCCAGAGAAUGCAGAUAUCUCAUCAGUUGAAGUUACAACAGACAACAAUAACAACAAUAACAACAAUAACAACAAUGGUCACAACAAUGUUGGAGAUGACACGAAUGCACAAUCAAACAACUCCCCGAAUACUUCUUAUCAACAACAACAACAUCAACAACAACAACAAUCAACUAUAUCAUCGGUGAUGCCUGCUAUUGGAAAGAGAUUGAAUGUACAGAUAGAGAACCUAGAGUCAAGGAUCACCAACGACAAGUACGACACAGAGGCAUGGACCCUCCUAUUGAAUGAAGUACAGUCCCAACCCAUCAACAUUGCUCGUGAUAUCUACGAACGAUUCUUAUCCGUAUUCCCAACUGCUGGUAGAUACUGGAAGCUAUAUGUUGAACAAGAGAUGGCAUCAAGGAAUUAUGAUAUGGUGGAGAAGAUAUUCGUUAGGAGUCUUCGCAAUGUUAGGAAUGUUGAGCUGUGGAAGACGUACAUAACAUAUAUUAGACAGAUCAAGGGCGACAGUAACAAGGACGAGGUGAUCAAGGCCUUUGAGCUGGCCAUCGAAUUCAUUGGCAUGGACAUCUCAUCGACACCCAUAUGGUUGGAAUACUUAAGCUUCCUCAAGGAGGAGAAGACGGCCACUCCCCAGGAGGAGGGCUCAAAGAAGACUGCGAUACGCAAGCUUUAUCAACGUGCGCUCGAGAAUCCUAUGCACGAUCUCGACAUCAUUUGGAGGGAAUACGAGGCCUACGAGCAGGCAUGGAACAAGACGCUGGCCAAGGCACUGCUCACCGAUUACUCGAGCAAGUACCAGCACGCCAAGCAAGUGUAUCGCGAUCGCAAGGGCCUUCUCGAGGGCAUCCUGCGCAACAUGCUGGCCAAGCCCCCACGCUCCAGCGACAAGGAAGAGCAUCAGGUUAGACUGUGGCGCAAACUGAUCGUCUUUGAGAAGUCCAAUCCACAGCGAUUCGAACCACAGCAGCUCAGACAUCGAGUGACCGCCACGUACAACCAGUGUCUGCUGUGUCUCUACCACUAUCCAGACAUUUGGUACGAGGCCGCCAUGUACCAGGUGGAGAGCGGCAACCUCGAGGCAGGCGUCAGCUUCUUUGAACGCGCCAUCCAGGCGAUCCCCACCAACCUCUUCCUGCACUUUAGCUACGCCGACCUGCUAGAGGUCAGCAAGAAAGUGCAGCAGGCCAAGGAUAUCUAUGAGAGGCUGGUCGUCAGCCAGCCCGACCCACUGGUGUGGAUCCAGUACAUGCGCUUUGCACGACGCACUGAGCGUGUGGAAGGACCUCGCAAGAUAUUCAAGCGAGCCAAGUCAGCACCCGAGUGCACCUAUCAUGUUUACAUUGCACUUGGCUUCAUUGAAUACUAUGUCAACCAGGACACCAAGACUGCGCGCGACAUCUUUGAACUUGGACUCAAGAAGUUCAGUACAGAGAUACCCUAUGUACACUUUUAUGUAGAUUUCCUUACCAACUUAAAUGAAGACAACAACACUAGAGUAUUGUUUGAAAAGAUAUUGUCAACGAUUGCAACGGACAAGUCUGAGAUAUUCUGGAGGAAGUACUUGGACUUUGAGUAUCGACAAAAUCAGGACUUGAACAGCAUCAUCAAGUUGGAGAAGCGAUUCCAAUCCCUAUCACCAUCAUAUGAGAAGAUGAGCAUUAUGCAGAUGCUCAACAGAUAUAAGUUCUUGAACUUGUGGCCAUGUCAUCCAAACGAGAUUGAGAUCAUCAACAAGAAUCUGAUCGACAGUGAGCAGGAUCAAGAGAACGACGAGCAAGAGCAACUAUUACAACAACAACAACAACAACAGCAACAUAAUCAUCAUGAUCGCAGGAAAGGAGGAGACAGAGACAGAGAUAGAGGAGACAGAGAUGGUAAAUCACAACAAGACAAGAAGGAUAGCAACGACAGACCAUCAUCAUCCACCAAGAUACCAAUAUCAAAUUGGAAGACAACACGUCCAGACACGUCAUUGAUGAUCCCCUAUCGCAAUGAGAUGGGUAAGAUGUCAACACCUACUCGAGGUGGCGAUAUGAAUAGGCCAGGCAACAACAUGGAGAACAGACCAGGCGGUGGUGGUGGCUGGAAUGUCGACAUUCCAGACUCAUUGAUUGGAUUGCUACAGAUGCUUCCUCCUGCAUCCUCCUUCCAAGGUCCAUGGAUUGAUAUCGAUCAUCUUAUGCAGUUGAUCAAUGAUAAGCCAUUGCCACAACCACCAAUGAACGUACAACAACAUCAACAGAAUAUUUUGCAACAACAACAGCAACAAUCUGGCGGUGGCGGCGCUGGUGUUGGCGGUCCUGGAGCAAUACCAAUGAAUAUGGAAUCAGGUGGACAACUCAACAACAAAGCUACUGGAAGCAAGGUGCCCACACCAAACAAGCCACAACAGGGACAGAUCACACCAAACAAAAGGAAGUUGGAGGACGAUAUUGACGAACCAGGAGCACCACAACCAAUGCAGUCCAAUGCACCAACUUCUGGAGCUCAGCCUUCAGCCAUCAACAAACCACCUGAGCAUGAUAUUUAUCGGAAGAGACAGGCAUCUAAACUAUCCAAGCGCACCUAA